AUGGCUACAAUAACAACAACAAAUGUGCUAUCGCACCAUGCCGCGCUUUGUCCUCCCCCACUUUUCAUCCAGAAAAAGUCACGCAGAGCAACCUUUGGCCGUCGCAUGCUUCGUAAAUCUAUACACCUUCAGCAGACCGAUCAGUGCGUGUUUGGUCCAUUAGACGAUAUCAUCGACGAGAUCAAGAGCAACAUCUGGCGCUCGCCGCUAGAUUACAGUCUCGAAACACGCGAGUUUUAUUGGACAAACCCACUCAAGGCACAGUCAACGUGGGCCGUGACACCACUGCCUGUUAGCCAGAUCCCCAGCGGACAGCCUCUGACGAUACGUAAGAACAGGCACAGUCGCUCUUCGGCAUCAGACUCGAGCAUGGAGGAUGCAAUGCCCUACUCACGCAACAACAGUCAGGACCAGUGCAAGAACGGCGGUCCAGCAGUCAUAUCCUCCCCAGUAGAAACUACCCCCUGGCCGCUGUAUGAAGCUUCGACGUCACACGAACCCCCGCUACCUAGCUCGUCUGUUGAUAUUGCCCGCAGCGAACGCAAUUCUGCGCAACAGGCUCUCGAGAGCGUGAUUCAGAAUGAUGGAAGCCGUCCGGAAGCAGCAAAACGUCGGUCGUCACGCCUGCGCCUCUUCACGAAUAGCUUCCCGCGCUUGCGUCGUACGGGAACAGGAGAGACCAGUGGUGAUAGUGGCGAUGUUUCUGAGGGCCACUUGCCGAUCAUCUCUUCGCCGUCAAUUGUGGUCUGCGAGGAUGUCGCCGAUGACGAUGACAUUGAAGCGGCAACGGACGAUGCGAUAAUCGAAGCGUUUACUAGGAAGUAUGCGCGCAACGGCAACAAGCUCGCUUCCGUUAUGGGACACUUGGCCAGACAACUCCCUACUGCCAUGGACUCUCAUCACGACCAGCUGGAUGACCAGCCGGAUGUCCAUGCCCUAGCAAAGUCAAUACCAAUACCCAGUACUCUACGAGCAGCGGUGAGGAUAUUUCCCCAAGUUAAGCUGUUGACUUGCGACUACGAAGAAUUUGCUGUUGCUGUGGAGGUUGAAGGAGUCCUACACAACCAAACACCGCUUCCGGACACAACUAUCGAUGUGAUAUUCGUAGUGGACAAUGGAUACUAUGUAACAAAAGAAUGCCUCAAAAAGGCUCUGGAUGCAGUCAACGGGGCCUUCUACUAUAUGAAUCACGGUGAUCGUGUCGCCCUCUAUACAACGCACUGCACGCAUCAUAUGAUUUCUGGCAACCGGCCCGACUUACACUACCCACUCCGACCUCAUGGUAAAGAUACCGGAGAAAUCUUUCGCGACUUGACAGCAAGUAUUGGACAACAUGGUACGCAAACAUGCCAUCCGCCUCGUCCAAACCCAACCAUGACCGAAGUCGUUCUCAGCGUGGUGAAGUCGUUCAAGGGCCAAAACCUGAAGAAUGGACGAACUCACAUCAUCUUGCUUUCUCCUGCAGCAUACACUCUGCACAACGUGUCGGAAGUAUUUCCGGAUAUUUACAUCCACAAGCUUAAUCCCGCAAUUCUGCCUUAUCGACGUGAUCCUGAGCUUCAAGACACUGUCUGCGUCGAACGCUGCUGUGAAAACGUCUUCAUCAGUAACUGGGCUUCUUACCAGUCGGUUCAUGGCCGCAUCAAGCGGAUCCUCAAGCAUGCUCGUUCUCAGAAGCCUGUUGGAAACAUCACCGAUGUGUGUAUCGAUCUACGUACAAGGAACGGCUGCGAGGUCAUUGAGCUCGUCGGAAGUAAAGACAUCCCGUACCUGCGCCUUGGACAGGUUCACUCACUCUUUGCCCGCGUUCGCGUUACUAAGCACGAAACUUCAUAUGUCGAUCUUGAUUCCAGCGAUCCCGUUUUCAACUCGAGUCUGGACGUGGAGGAAUUGAGGCAGGAAUUGCUCAAUGCCACCAUCAAAGGUGCUACGAAAGUCCACCUCUUCGACGUACAAGUGUACCACCGAAACUCGCUGCAUACAACGGACUGCUGGAACUACACUGAGACUCCCUUCUUCAUCAUCCGCGACCUGGGCGACCUUGCGCCCCCAAUUGACACCGCUCUAGAAGUCUACAAGCGCCAAUACUUUUCCCACUUCAUCUCGAUGACGGCGGACGUGGCGAAAGCCGAAGCAGAUAACAUUCUCGCCCUCCUCGACGACGACAACGAACAAGCAAAAGAGGUCGUCGAACGCAUGGCUGCUGAGAUUAGAUAUCAUCAACACGUCUUGGAAUACGAGAAGAAUCAUCGGCAAAAACUUCCACUAUGUCCCGGCCCAGUCGCAAUUGAGGCUUCACCCCAUGAAUGGCUCGUAGACCUGUGGGAUCGGAAGAAAACUAAGCGCAAGGGCGUGGCGGGCGUCAAGGGGGAAGAUGCCGGCCAUCUGAUCGGCGACAGCAAUGGGCGGGAGCAACUCGGCUAAGCACCGUCCGUCCGGUGUGCUUUUGGAACAAGAGUAAUGGUGCAUGUUGCGGGUGGUAAUAAUUUCGCUUUCUUUGUCAGACGAUGGGAUUGCCAUGUUCUGGAACAAGCUUUGCCAUUGUGUUUGCUUUGGUAGAUCUUGGCGCCGAUUGACGUCGUCGAUGAGUCUAGGAAAGAAAACCAAAAAAUCUUACUCGCCGAGUUCGCACGUGGUUCUAGGUUAGGUGCACGGUCACGGUAUGUG